AUGUUUAUGCCAGGCCAGGAACCACAGCUCUCUAAGGAGGAGAUCCGCGCCGGAGAGUUCGAAGCCCAACAGACCGUCAACUCUGCCAUCGUCGCCGGUAUCCUCCUUUACCUCUCUCCCUUCGCCGUCGACUUCGUCAAGAAGUUCUUGUAA